AAAGAAGAGCAAACAUCCAGACAUCACACACGCAACAGUCACGUAUCAGGAGGAACAUUUCACCACCAAAAACCAAAAGUGAAAGACAAACUGAAAACAACUUCUUUGGGGAUUUCCUGACAUCUUUCAUAUAAAGAGUGUUAUUUGUUGAUGUUUUGUACUGUGUCUGUUUUCUGGAGUCAGUAAAGAUGGCAGAAGGAUCUGCAGCUACAGCGUUCAGCUCGAGUCCAGAUGAUCCAGUGAUCCGGAUAUUCCUGAUGGGCAGAAGGAUGUCUGGGAAAAGCUCAUCUGGAAACACAAUACUAGGAAAAAGAAAGUUUAAAUUAAACAAUCGUAGUAAAAAACUACAUGCUUACAUUUGUGAUGCAGCAACACAGAUUGGAGAGAAGCAGGUUGCUGUGAUUGAUUGUCCAGAUCUACUGGAUCCAGAUCUGAAUAAAGAGCAGCUGGAGACGAUGAAAGAGCAGCUGGUCUCUCAAUGUUCAGCAGGUCUCAGUGCCGUUCUGUUCACUGUUCCUCUAGAGAAAUCUCUGCAGAAUGAGGAAGAGAUCUUGGAUUUUAUUAAGUGUUUAUUUGGUCCUGAAGUUCAGAAAUACAUCAUGAUUCUGUUUACACACAAAGAUAAACUGGAUGAUCUGAAUGAACCACAGACUAUUGAUGAAUAUUUACAAAACCAUGCAGAUCUCCAGCAACUGGUGACAGAAUGUGGAGGAAAGUUUCACUGUUUUAAUAAUAAGAGAGAAUCAGAUGAUCAGAAACAAGAACUACUGCAGAAGAUUGAAGAAAUGAUGACAGAGAACGGAGGGAAAUUUGUCAUGGCAAAAAUGAAAAGGGGUGACAGCAAGCCAGCCUUAUCAACUUUUAAGGAGAGUCUUCAGCAGCAGAUUCAGAUUCAUCAGAUUCCGGAGAGAAAUGAUCAAAUCAGGCUGGUUCUGCUGGAAAAAAACUGGAUCUGGGAUCUUAGUCUGUCAGAUAAAAAACUUUUUGGUCACUUUUCAUACUUGGGUGCAUGCACUGCCAUUGAAAUACAGAGACAACAAACCAAAAGCGAAAGUAACAUCAAAGUCACACAAAUCACUUCUCAUUGGUUGGUUGUAUCAACCUAUGUUUUCCAGAUGGCUCCACCAACUCUGUCUCAUUCCACCAAUCUCAGAACAGUCUGUUUGCUGUUUCUCCAAAUCCAGCCUCUUCAGGUGAAAAGAUGCACUUAAGAUAUAAAAUAUAUUUAAUAAACCAAGGCCAAUAUUAUAAAUUAAAAAAUAUAUAAUAUUAUAUAUAAUAUCUCUACCUACUGUUCCACGUAACCAUCCCCCACCCCCAAACAUAUACAUCCUACACUGACACAUUGUACAUUUCUUUAUAAAACUUUAGGCUACAAUUUUUUUUAAAUUAUAGUAGAGAAUAAUGUAUUAAUAUUAAUAAUAAUAACAAAAAAUUCAAAAUGCAAAAAAAAAAAAAAUCAUGGUAAAACCAUGGUAACCGCUAGUCUUAGUUUAAGAGGUCACGCCCAAGGCUGAAUGUCCAAUGCAUAUUGCACACAAAAUUGAAAACAAUAGUCAAAGUAGUUUUCGGAUUGGUUGAAAUAUAUCUGGGAGACGUGUGUGUCGCGUUCUUUAACGUGCUGCCAGGGAAACAAAGCUGCUGUUGGAUUUUCAAAAGUAUGUAAAAUAUUUACAUUUUGCUGCAUACGAUUUUUAAAAUAGGUCAGAGAGUUUUACAUACCUGUCUGUUAUUGGGGGGACAUUUGAAUGACAGCUACAGGUGGAGAGGAGAGAGAGUGAUGGAGCCAAUCAAGUGGAUGGGGAUUAUUAGGAGGCCAAGAUGGUCAGAGGCCAGUGGAGGGAAUUUACUGGGGUUACUCUCCCCUACACUUUAUGAGAAGUGCCAUGGGAUUUUUAAUGACCACAGAGAGUCAGGACCUCGGUUUAACGUCUCAUCCGAAGGACGGUGCUUGUUGACAGUAUAGUGUCCCCGUCACUAUACUGGGGUGUUAGGACCCACACAAACCACAGGGUGAGCACCCCCUGCUGGUCUCGCUAACACCUCUUCCAGCAGCAACCAGGAGUCUCCCAUCCAGGUACUGACCAGCUCAAGUCUGCUUAGCUUCAGAGGGCAACCUAGGGCUGCAGGGUGAUAUGGCUGUGGCCACACGCCUACACAUGAUGUGGCACAAAACGAAAUGUGAAUGGUUGCUUUACCAGUCAGUCAUUAGUCAGAAGAAGCAGUCGAGCAGCAGAAGAGGACAGCAGUUUGUAAGUGUCUUGUUUUCUUUUCUCAUUAGAUUUUAGCAUGGUUGUCAUUAGGAAAAACUGUGUUUGCUUACUGUGUUUACCGUGGUAGCAAGUUAGUGUUUUUAUAUCUGAAGAAAUGUAGCUGUAGCAUUUAGCUUUACUUUCAUUUUAAACUUCUUCUUGGUUUUACCGAUACCUUCAGUAAAACAGAGUGGAACAGAGUUUUAUAUUCGAUUUAUCAGUCCUGUCUGUCCUGAAUUAAAUGUCCUAAAUUAUUUUUCUUUAUUUCUUCUAGCCUAUCAUUUUUUAUUUUUUAUUUUUUUUCCCUUCCUUGUUCGUACUUGCUACAUUCAAGAAACAAAUGAGGUGCUGUUUCUGUUACAUUGUUCACAUAAGCCUUUUGGAUAUUUUCUUAUUAUUUCCUUUUUUCCCCUAUUAUUAUUUUAAGUGCGCUAUUUAAUAAAUAGCUUCUUCUUUCCUUGAUUUACCUAUACAUUUUAUAUUUUGUUUUUUAUAUUUUACUGUGUUAAUUAAGCUGUAAAGAAAUCUACCUUUUUUUCCCAUUUACUUGCCAUUCUUCAAUCACUUUACUCCAGAUUAAAACCUUAAUCUCUGAUUUACUUAAUGGAACUUGUAUUGUCUCUUUCUGUAAAGCUUGUUUUGCUAAUUUAUCCACUUCUUCAUUUCCCCUUAUUCCUGUGUACUGGAACCCAUGCAUGUUUGAGCUGUCUCAACUGAAAAUAUCUUGUUCUGACAUAUCUUAAAAUAUGCCAGUGCCUUUGUUUUGUGUCAAGAUGCACACCAGUAAUGUUUUCUUUUAAGGCAUUUUUAUUUAUUUAUUUAUAAAAGCUGCUUAAAUAUCUUAGUUUAACUAAGGCCCAGUCCUGGAUUAAGCUAAGCCCCAUCUCUGUAACCAGGCCUUUAAGACUGAAACUAAAUCAGAACAAAUGACAACAUUCUCAGGCUUAUGUUCUUCUACCCACUGCAAUGACUAGAGUAUUGCUACCAUUUCUACAGUAUAACCUUACUGUAUUGUGUGGGAAGUCAUGGCCUAAUGGUUAGCGAGUCGGACUCGUAAUCCAGAGGUUGUGAGUUUGAGUCUCAGGCCCCGGCAGGGAUUGUAAUAGGGGGAAGUGAAUGAACAGCACUCUCCCCACCCUCAAUACCACGACCGAGGUACCCUUGAGCAAGGCACUGAACUGCUCCCCGGGCUGCCCACUGCUCCGGGUGUGUGUUGUGUGUGUGUGCACUUUGGAUGGGUUGAAUGCAGAGCACAAAUUUUGAGUAUGGGUCGCCAUAUUUCACUUUAACUUUCACUUUUUAGCUCUAGAUAAGAGUCAAAACAAAGGUGUUCUUCAGAAUAUCUUCUUUUUGUGUUUCACAGAAGAUGGAAAGUCAUGUUUUUUUUUCACAUGUUUUUGUUUCAAUUCUUCAGCUGAUGUUUGUGUGUGAAGAUGAUCAUGGCGUAUUUGAUCUGUUGUCAUAAAGUCAAAAACUAUGAGUCAGCUAGUGAGGUGUCAUAUAAAAUUUCAAUAAAAAUUUUAGCCCCAUCUUUUAAAUUGAUUAAAUAAAACUGAAAUUACAACAGGGUUAGAUUUGAGGAGCAGCUCUCGUCUCACCUGCACUGAAAAACACAUUCCAUAUUCAUCAGAAUUAAUCUGUGAACAAUGAAAUACAAACACUGAACAACUCGAUGCACCCUGGAAAUCAUACUACAGUAACUUAUUGCUAAAAGUGUGAAAUUCAACAACGUCAUGCUCUCAGCAUUUUCACCAUGAACGAGUUCAUAAAGAGCGUAUUUUAAUAUUUAUUAUUAAAUAUAGUUUUAUCAUUUUAAAGUUGGCAGGAAGCAAUAUUAAAACUAAGAAUAAACAACAGCAGCAUAUUUACCUGAUUUGUAGAACCCAAUCUUCUCAACUCAUUUUGCAGAUGAGGUUUACCAACAGUAACCAGACUAUUUUGGUUUAACCAGAGACAGCUAUGAAUGUGUUUACCUGUAAAUAUUAUUGUGUAAUUUUACUUUAUAUUAUGCUGUUUACUCAAUGUGGUAUUAUUUUACUCAAAAAUAUGAUGCAUGGUCAUGAAAGUAAUCAAUAUACUGAUUAAUAUGUUGAGUUAUUCCAAUACUGGAUGUCCUAAUGUAGAAUGUAAGUCUGAGGGCCUAUCCAUUUGUGCAGUACUGGUGGUUUCCAUUCGAUUGUAUCAGUGAACUUAAAUAACCUUAUGAACUUUGGGUGAUUUCCAGAGUGUGACAGGUAAACAAGUUUGAUGUAUGACUCAUGUGACCACCUUAUUGGCAGCAGAAUAAAAGUGGCUGAUCUGGCCAAAUUCCACCAUUAAAUAAUUGGCCAGGUGGGCUGAUAAGAAAUUGUGGCAAACCAGAUAGGCGUAGCCAAUUAAAAACCGGAACUACCAAUUAUGGUAAGAAAGAAAGAUAUAAAAUGGUUGCACAGACAGACAGAGAAUUAGAUGCGGCGGCUGUCAACCCGGCUUUGUUGCUGUGGUCAAUAAAGUCUUAUUUUGACAUCUGGAACUCUGCUUCUUGAGCUUCAUUGACAAAUUUGAAAAGACCAUUGUUUGUUUCCACAACAAUACCACAGUGAUUUGACCUGUUUGUGAAGCAGAAACGUGAAAAGGGAACUAAUGAUCAUAAAGUCAAAACAUUUAGUCAUUUAGCAAACGCUUUUAUCCAAUGUGACUUACAAAUGAGAACAAUGGAAGCAAUCAAAACCAACAGAAGAGCAAUGACACAAUACACGUAGCAAGGUUUUUUUUUUUUUUUUAGAAAAAGAAUAGAACCAAAAAAUCUAAACAUCACGUAACAAGUCAACUGACAUUUCAGUAAAGCAUGCAGCUCGUGUAUAAGAGUAUUGUUUGUUAUUUUUAAUUUAAAUUGUGCCCAGCAAAAGGAGUUGAAUAUCAGGCUUCAAUGAUUUGCUUCAGUAUGUAUAUGAAACUUAUUACCUCGACUAAACAAAUGUCAUGAAUGUGGUCAGAUGUGCAUUUUUAUGUUUACAGUAACAGAUUAUAGGCCUCUUUAUUUUCUGCUACCAAUGGCAGAAAUAAGCACAGAUAGAAAAACGUGUGAGUGAGACUACACUGUUAGACAUUUCUGUAAUUUCCACAGUUAUUUACUGUAUAUCACCCAGUGUAAUACUGCAAAUUCCCUUUACAGUAAAUAACUGUAAUAACCUUUGCAUCAUGGGAAUUUUCUGUGACGUCAGACCCCACAUACAGAGACUUGCUGUAUUUUUUAAAAUUGCUGUAUACUACUGUAUUUGCUGUUUUUUAUUUUCCUCAUUUCUUACAUUUGGAUUGACACGAUUUGACACACCGUGUCUACAACGCCGCAGCAGCUUGGGACUGACUACAGAAUGUGUUACAUCACUUGUAGUGAUUGGAAAAUCUGUUUGUACUUUGUCAGACACAGCAUGAGCGCUUGGAGUACAUCUGUACGUCAGAAAUAUACCGGGGCAUCACUUUACUGUCAGCAUCCACUGUAGAUAAUAUAUAUAAUGGGUUCUAUAUUGUUGUCUGUUGUCCGUGCCGCGGGGUUUUUCCUGGGGAUGAACCCGUGAGCGUGGAAGAGCACCGGAGAACAUCUACGCUGUGUUUCGAUGCACCUUUCGAGAGAAUAAGACCAGCAAGCAAGGCAACUACAAUGCAGCAUCAAGAAAGACAUGAGCAGGCCAGCCACCCUGAGACUGACAAUUCAUGAGAAGACAUUUCUGUCACUAACAAAGUGGAUGGUGAGCAAAGAUGGUGGCCACAUUUUGGAGAGUGGUGAGGAGUGUCAGGCCGCCGCUGCUAACCACUGGCCUCCUGCUUUGCUGCCUUCUCUGGCGGUCAGCCUUCCUGGACUGGACUCUGUGGCCGUUCACCCAGGCCUGCCUGUUUACAAGUCGUUCCCUGCCUAUUGUGUUUACUCCGCUCCUCACCAUCUCUCGUCUUGUCUGCAAGUCUGUCCAAUAAAUCUGUUAACGCUCACUCUGCAUUUGACUCCUUCCUCCAGAUACAUGACACAAUCACUCGAAGCACUUUUUUUCGACCCUGAUGAAGACCUGAGGGUCGAAACGUUGAUAUUAAUAAAUUCAUUUUGUUGGAUCAAAUUGCUUUCUCACUACAACUGAACCGCUCCAGAGUUCGUUUUCAAUCGAGCCGAGACCACCUCGUUCAGGCGAUCUCGGAUCGAUUGUUUUGGCGUGGAUUGACAUAUGCCCAAACGAAACGAGCUAAGGGGAAAACGCGCCAGGUUCCGAAAAACAAACGGCAAUGUGUGAAAGCACCCUUAUACACAUUAGACCUGAAUGUGCGGAGACGCCUCGGAA